UUCGGCUGCGGUCAUCUGUGCAAGCGUGCCUCCAGUGAGCCCCGAAGGACGGCCAGGCGCAGCAGUGUAGCGGCCCCUGCGCGCAGACCUCUCAGGAAGGCCCCGUUCGUGCCACCCCCUUGUUCGAGCGACCAAGCAAGAUCAUCGCAGAUGUUCGCUGCCGGAGGGCGCCACACUGUCCUGCUCAGGAGCGACGGCACGGCUGUGGCUUGCGGCGCCAAUCACUGUGAUCAGUGCAACCUCCCGACGCUGACCCUGGGCCUGACAUACACGCAGGUUGCCGCUGGAUGGAGCCACACUGUUUUGCUGAGGAGCGAUGGCGUGGCCGUGACGUGCGGUCUGAAUCGCCGUGGGCAGUGUAGCAUCCCAGCACUGGCCGACGACCUGAAGUACACGCAAGUUGCAGCUGGAGUGGACCACACAGUUCUCCUCAGGAGCGAUGGCGUUGCCAUGGCCUGUGGUUGCAGCGUUGAUGACCAGUGCAACCUCCCUGCGCUGGUCGAGGGCCUGACCUACACGCAGGUUGCUGCCGGAGGGCGCCACACUGUUCUGCUCAGGAGCGAUGGCACGGCCGUGGUUUGCGGUCACAAUGAUGGCCAGCGCGACCUCCCCCCGUUGUUUGCUGACCUGGCCUACACGCAAGUUGACGCUGGAGAGGACCAUGUGAUUCUGCUCAGAAGCGACGGCACGGCAGUGGCUUGCGGGGCUAAUUAUCGUGGUCAGUGCGACAUUCCUGCGCUAGUCAACGACCUCACGUACACGCAAGUUGCCGCUGGAGGGGACCACACAGUCCUGCUCAGGAGCGAUGGCACGGCCGUCGUCUGCGGCUGGAAUGGUGAUGGUCAGUGCGUCCUCCCUCAGCUGAUCGCGGACCUGACAUACACGCAAGUUGCCGCUGGAGGAGACCACACAGUUUUGCUGAGGAGCGACGGGACAGCCGUAGCUUGUGGCCGGAAUGCUGCUGGUCAGUGCGACAUCCCUGCGUUGCCCGGGGACUUGGCUUACACACCUCACCUGUUCCCAGCGCUGGUCCUGCAGGCGUUCGCCGGCGGAAAUCUUUAUCCGCAUCCACGGUCUCGCGGGUCAGGCGUCGCGCGACGGCCACUCGGUGCGCUUCGUGACCCUCGGCGGGGCGGAGAGCGCUUCCGCCUCGAGGCCGUCUGGCCCCAGGCCCGCCUCGCGGACCUCCACGGCCAGCUGGCGGCCCAGUGCCGCGCGGGCAGGCUGGGCCCCGGAGUCUGGCGAGUCGACGCGCUCUUGCCGGGGGGGCGGCUGCUCGGCGUCGAAGCGCCUCCGCCGAAGAGACGGUCGCCAGCGCCUUCGGGUCCUGAGUUGGCGGGCCCGCCGCGGCGUCGCGGCCGCGCAGGAGGGCUGAGCAGCUCGUCGAGGAGAUAG